AUGCCUUCAGUUACAAGAGCAAAUGAAACACGAAAAGAACGAAUCCAAAAAAAAGAAUUGGUGAUCAAUAAAAGGGUUCAUAAACUCAGGGCAAGGGCUUUCUAUGACUUACUGAAAGAAAAUAAUGCAAAUUUGUUAAUUUUGAGCUUUGAUUGCCAAAAGAAUCAACCGAUGCCCAAAAUACCGGAUCAAAUAACGUAUUAUUCCCGGCAACUGUAUAUUUACAACUUUACUGUUGUUGUAGGACACUCUAAAACGGGGCUUAAGAAAGAAAAUGUCUAUUCUUACACGUGGACGGAAGAUAUUUUACCAAAAGCCUCCAACGAAAUUGCAAGCGCUGUCUUCCACUGCUUGUGUCAGUUGAAAAAUAUGAACAAGCAGAUCAACCCGGACCCAGCACCUCUUUUCAUUAAAGUGAAAGAUAAAAAACUAAGUGAUGUAAAAACUUUACUCACUACGCAUUAUGGCGAAAAUUGGGAAGAACUAUCAGAUUUAAAUUUGAAGUUAUUCAAAGAAGUUCUGAGCCGACCAGAUUCAUUACAGCAUGAAUACGAACAUGAAAAUUGCGAACCAAUGCAAGAAGUUCCACAUCUAAUAGUUUAA